AUAUCUCAGAAAUGUAAAAAACAAAAUAUACAAAAUAAUGAGACAAUGAUCAGAGUUUAAAUGACAAACUUUUAACUAGUCUGGUGUGGAAAAUAGUGAAGGAGUGUGUUUAUUUAUCAACACAUAUGGCACUUUACCUUUUACGACGCAUCUGUAACUAAUAGAUAACUAGAAAAUACCUAAGGCUUAAUUACAGAGAAUCAGAGAAUUUAACCAAGAGACGUAACUUAUACACAAACCUGAGGAAUGAAUUGAGAAGAAAACAAAACAAAGUUUAACUAUAAUGUGAACUUAAGUCUGUAUGUAUGUUAAUUAACACAUGGAAAAUAUAUACAUAGCAGAUGUAUAUACUGUAUAUAUAAUUGAAGAUGAGUUAAACUAGAAAGUCAAGAAGAAUAUGAUGGAAAAUGAGACUAAUAGGAAAAUGAUUACAAGAAAGUAAGUGAAAUGUGAACAUUUUUGUAUAUUUUUGUCAUAGUGAAAAUUGACAAAAAAUGUGAGGUUACAGGAAAGCUUCGCCUCUCAGCAGACACGAACUAUCUUUGUGUAGGAGAGUGAGGAGUAGGGGAAAGUGAAGGUUAUUCGUUGUCUUUUCUAACUACCAACAUGAAGACGAAAAAACUCUUGACUCUGGAGAAGUACAGUGUGGUGGCGGUGAGGGCCAAGCUGUCUGUGGAGGUGGAGCAGAGGAAACGAUUAGGUACCUGGGCCAAGAGAGUGUUGGUACUAGAUGGUGCUACCUUAUACGCCUACAAGACAAAGGGUGAUGGAGGCAGUGUGGGUGGGUGGGCGGUGGGCGGGGCGGACGUGCAUAUUGGGCGGGGCAGCGACUCCUCGAGAGACGAUGGGCGGCAUAUCCUGGUCAUCGCACGCCCACCCGCCUACAAGCUCACCUUCUCCUUUAACACCACUUACGAGCAGGCCAGGAUGAUCCAGGCUCUAUCGUCCUCUGGAGCGACAGUGACUGGUCUGGACGCCAUUAUGCUCCUGAAGAACUUGAGGAAACAUCAGGAGGAGGAACACGAAGAAGAGGAAGAGAGAAAGAGAGAGUUAAAAGAGCAAAAAAUGGUUCUGGAAGAGAAUCGAGACUUGAGUGACACAAGGACGUCUUUGGGAAGUGACGAGAGGAAGGAGGUCUCGGAAAGUGACGAUGAAGAUCUUACGUUAAGUAAGAAUAAAACAGAAGACGAUGAACUGGAAGAGAUAAAUGAAUCCAUAUACGACUUGAAUACAGGAGUGGUGAGUAAUCCUCUUUACUCCUCAAACGUCAACCUGUCAGUUAGUGAAGGAGAUGACGUAGCGGUUAAAGACAGUACGAACCUCACCUACAGCAACAGUAGCGGACCAUCAGGGGCUUCCAAUUCUUCAGCGUCAUCCUCUAAUGUCUUAGUAGCCAACCAGAACUCAGAUGGUAAGGUUAAUCCCCUCCCUAAACCCCCUCGUGCUGGCCCCGCUGACCGAAGACCGUCAACUGAGUCACAAACCCAGUCUGAGUUUGAUGAAGCGGAGGAACAUCAGUCGUCUUUCAGUGGUGACAAGGAGGAGGAACUGCCUGGCGAAGAACGAGAAUCCAAAAAGUCUAUUGAGGUUGUGGAUGGUCCUUGCCUGGAUGCCUUCGGGGAGGAGAUAAGCGACGAAGAGAAGGUGUUAGUGGAGACCAGGAACAGAGUUUAUUGUGAAAACUCUGAAGAAGGUGAAGGAUUCGACCAAGUGACCAGUGACUCGGAUGAAAACGUGGACAGUGAAUCAAAAGUUAAUGCUAAACGUACAGAUUGUGAAGAGAACAGCGAGUCUCUUAGUUUACCAAAGAGAGAUCGAUCACCCGAUGAAACAGUAAACAAAGAAGAAGAAGAAGAAGAAGAACGAGUACAAGAACCUUUCGAAGACAAUUACACACAUUUAUUAAGUAAGAUGAAGCUUGAGAGAGGUUUGUCCCUGGCCACCCACACAGGGGAUGUAUCCCAAGACAUUGACUCUCAUGAAACGUAUCUUAAGAACGCUCACAGCCCUCAUCUUGACUCUCCCUCCAGUGACUCUCCCACACCUUUCGAAGAACCUGAGAAUGGAAGUGACAAGGAAGAAAGUGUUGUGGGGAACAAUGACAAAGAAACUAAAUAUGACGAAAUACAGGAACAAGAUGACAAGGGGAAGGAUAAUCCGGGUCAGAAAUCCGCUAGUGAUGAGACAUUAAGCGAUAGUGAUGACAAGUUCGAACUGCUUUAUAAUGAGAUGAAUAACAAUUCCCAAGAAGAACUGCAAACUGAGCCGCCGAUGAGUGAAGAGAAUGAGAAAAACACCAAAAGGGAGGAGAGCCAAGAUACUCCUUUAGUCAGCCCUGAAAAUAUCAUCAAAGAAAAUGGUCAUGUCGAAGAGGAAAACGAUGUCGAUUUCCCUUCAGAUGAGACUACGCCUGUGAAGAGAGUUAACUCCAUCAUCAAGAAGAAAGACAGAGGUUCAGUAAAUUCUGGUUCUGGAAGUGUUAAAAAGGUACAGUUCAACCUCGACGUAGAUACGAUUGAGCCGCCAUCCUUAGACCUGUCUACCACAGAGUCUCCAGUCACAGAUACAGGCGAAGGUUCCCCAACUUCUACCACGAGGAAAAAACCUGACUCCAGCAGUAAUAAAAAAAGAAAAGAGGGAUUGCUUAAAGCUGUUGGAGUUCAUAAGUCUAAAAAAGAAUCAACGGGAACUACGACACCAGGCAAGACUGACAAGAAACUGACAGAAACAACAACACCAGGAUCACCAAGUAAGAAGAAGUCAACAGAUUCUUCAACAGUCACAUCAUCGACCAAGAAGAAGACGACGGACUUCUCCAACUCGUCUUCCCCGACCAAGAAGAAGGGGAUCUUCUCGUCUAUCUUCUCAGGAACGUCCAGUAAGAAGAGCGAUUCCCAGCUGCCAGCCAAGGACGACGCCAACAGCAAGAGGAAGGCUUCAGACACUUCACCUACCGCCCUCAAGCGGCAGCCGACAGUAGACCUAACCGCUCCACUUAUCAUCAAUGGUCAGGUUGAAAUAAGCGGUAGCAUCGGCGGGAAGGUUAGUGCCCGACGUGUGGAGGUGAGGGACGGUCAUGUGCUGGCGUUCCUUCCCCACGCCUCCACCCCUUCCUCCAAGAUUAGUUUGAUGGCUCUCUCAGUCACCCCUGUGUUGGGAGGCGUGCACCAACACGCCCUCUCCCUCAACCGCGCCACCCGUGUUAUGAUGGUGAUUAAGUUAACGUCACGGGAGGAGAUGAUGCGUUGGAUCCACACACUCUCUGACGAAGUAAUCAAAGUCACCCAGGAGGACCAGCGCAACAACCUCACCCUCUACCCAUCACCUCACAGAGAAAGUGAAAAAGAGGAAGAAGAGCCAAAGCAAGAGGAAGAAAGAGAAGAAGGAACGAACUCCCAAAAGGAAGAAUCCAAAAAAGAGAAGGAAGAGGAGGUAGUGGAUAAUGAUUACUCUGAAGGGGCUGCUAUGGAGGAGAAAUCAGUUACCAAGGUCCAAGAAGCUACAAACAUCACCCCAGCCCUCGAUACCACAGUCAAGAAAGAUAAUGAUCUUGUCGACAGUUUACACAGCUUCUCCUCCGACCAGAACCUGAAUGGAAUAACCGAUAAACAGAAAGAGGAAGAGAGAGACACCAAUAAAGAGAAGACGGUGGAGAGAGAAGGAAAGAGGAAGAAAGAGUCUGAAAUACAAAAGAAAAUUCAACAGUUUUCUCAAGGUGAAAGAAGGAAGGACGACGCUGAAGCCAAAUAUAAACAACAGAAAAUGGAGACACGUACACAGAGGAAGACUGACGAAGGUAAAAAGAGUCAUCCACCUCUUCGCCGGCUCUCUGGUCAAGGAAAAUUCAGUCCACAGCCAAGUGAUGCUGGUACGGAUACUACUGAUAACUUCCUCAUGGUUAAUAAACUUCCUGGGUAUCCUUCAAACCGCCAAAAUUACCCCAAAAAGCUCAAUGAGUCGAGUCGGAUCAUGAGUUCAAGUGAGUCUUCUCUGAGAACAUCAGUUGAGUGUCAAGGGGGUGUCGCGGCUGCUGCUGCUGCUGCUCAUGGAAUGCAGAGGUAUGGCAGUGAGAUCAUUCCACAGACUGGCUCCUGGGAUCAAGCUAAUCCUUCAGGGAAUCGUAUUACUCGAGACAAAAUCUUGACCCGCGGAUCAGGAAGCCAAACAAGUCUCAUUGUAUCUGUGUCGCAACCUAUGAAUGAGUCCAGGGCUUCACCUUCUCCAACUUUAUCUCCUCGUCUGCAUCACCUCACGCAACCACGAGCCAUUGAAAUAAUUGAGAAGACGAACAAAAUGGCUAGACCUACAAGUCUCAGUGGUAUAAAGAAGCAGCGCCUAACUCCUGAUAAAGAGCGAUGGUAUGAGGACGACUCCAGCGACAACGAGACCCCGGCCACACCUGUGAAAGAUGAUGCCGAGGAAGUCCCGAGUGUUACCUGGUCAGUCGCAGCUACGAGAGAGAAGUUUGAGUUACUGUGCUCAGUGAGUGGCGAGAACAAGGGUGGGAGACUCACUACCAAGACGCCCAUCUCACGCAAGAGGUCUUCACGAGGCACUGUGAAGAAGAAGCGUUCACUGGAAGGCGCCAUGUCUCGCCGCUCUACUGUGAGAAGGGGCGGGAGAAAGUCAUUAUUGCCGAGUGACGACUUAAACAGCAGUCAAGAACUACAAGGAGACGAAAGUGACUUAAAGACUGAGCCUCAGUCACAGCGGGAGUCACUUAGACUUCCGCCAGUCAGAGAUCUGAGGAAGAACUUUGAAACAGAUAGAACUGACAGUCCUUUUUGCUUCCACACCUCGUCUGUGGAGUCGACCGAGGAACCAUCGUCCCCCAUCAAGUCCCCGUUCAGGAAGACAUCAAACAUCCUACAGGAGCCGUAUACUCCAGAAUCCUCUCCUGAACCGAGGAUUCUCACAAGUCGGUUGAUGAACUCUCGUCCAUCAGGUAUUAGUUCAGUGGCUGAGAGGAUGACUCUAACUCAGUCAUUUUCAACUGAUUCUUCCCAUCCAUCUUCCUCACUCAGCAGCGGUGAUGUCGUCAUAUGUUGGCGAGGACCUUACAUCGCCCAGGACUCACCUUCCUGCCAGUGUUGGAAAGACAACGGAACUGUGUCGACCAAGGACCAACCAGCGGUGAAGGAGGCGGAACAGUCGGUGCUGGCCAAUAUCAGCAAUGCAUUCUUGGCCAAGCGUCGACUGUUGAGCAGGGAGGUAGCAGCUGCCAGGAUCCAGGAGCGACUCUCACUGUUGGAGGAAAGGGCAUGGAACCUCCAGGCCAGUAUGGCUCAGAUCGACAACUCCUCCGUCAGGUCUAUUAAAGAGACGCGAGAAUGGAAGGCCCUGGAGAAGUCGCUACGGGCGGUGGAGGAGGAGACCAGUUACUACAACGCCCGGUUGAUGCAGACGCAGAAGGAGGCAGACAUAGCCAGGCAGAAGCUAGCAGCAGCCCUCACCUCAGGCUUCUCCCAACAGACCGGCAGCACCACCCCCGAACACCACCCCCUGGACACUUCCCAUGAUGAGGGCCUCUACUCCUCAGAGGCCUGAAAAAUCUGAAACUCAACUUAGAUUCAAAAGCUUUAGGAACUUGUGAGCUCUUAUGACUGUUGUUCGGACGGUGAUGUGUGGAACUACAUCACAAUAUCACAUGUUUAGAGAUAGAGAUCCUAACCUGGAACCCUGUUUGGGAGGCUUAAGAGAACUCGGCAUACAUCUGCCUCAACGCAUCACAUAAACAGUGGAAUUCGAGCCUAGUCUAUAGGCUCAGUCUCUAGUUCAGGGUCUUCGGAGGCUUCCACGCCCUUUUCUAGAUCUGUGUCAACUACUUAUAACCUUACAAAGUGAACACAAGAUUAAGUAAUUAACAAACUGUAUCAACAAAUGACCAGCUUCUAAGGAGGAGGAACUCGAGUUGCACCUGAAUACAAGGUUAAUUAUAUUAGACAACUAACGACAAACUUGGGAAGAAUUCAGGUAAACUGAGACCAAACCAAAGAACCUUUUUAACCCAACAAGAUACAGUCAUACUCCCAAACCCUUGAAGAAAGUGUCAGGUGUAAGCCGGUGUGUCUAGAGCCUUGGGAGGAAUACUGACUGGGAGAUUUCGAUAGUGUCAUAUGGCAGAGAGGUACUGUACAUACCUCAGUGUGUAAGAAAUGUCCUAAUAUAGAUAAGUCGGCCGAGAUUCUUGGUGUUAACAUGUGCAGUGAAGAUGAGAGCAAGAGAUCCUGAACCAUAACAGAGACGUUCUGUAAACAUUGAGGAAUACAGUAGGAUACAAUCAUUAGAUUCCCUGAAAUACAAUUGUAUGUUUGUUAUUAUAAAGUUGAAAUACAAAAAGGUUUAAAAUUACGAUUAGCAGAGAUCAAAUAAUGAAAUUAGCCCUGGUAGCUGAACUUUCUUAGAUCAACGACAAUUUAAGUGUUAGAUACAGUAGCAUGUUAAGCUGUUUCCAGUGAAUAUAAUAUUUUGCUGUAUAAAAUGUUAAGUUGUGCGGGUAUUGUAAAUUGCUGAUUAUUCAUUACCACAAUAAUUACCACAAUUAACAAAAAUCUAAGAACUAGAGUAAUUAGCAUGUUAUAAUUUGUAAAUAAUUAAUAUUUAAGACAUUUUAAAAUAAUGAUUUUUUUAAUACAACAUGUUGUUUGUCUUUAUCUGAUAAAAGUCAGGAAACAAUUUUUAAGACGAACAUUGUCUUCCUCUGACAGCGCUGGGUCAAUAAAUCCAGAUCUGAUUAUGAGAUUGUACCCAGGUGACAGUAACACUCUUGGCAUGAGCAGCUUCUUGUGUCUGUCCGUAGAAGUUAAUUAGCAGUAAUGAGAUUUGUUUUAAUUGUUUUGUUAUUGAAGGACUAUUUCUUAUAUUGAGAGUAUCUUUGGCUCCUUCAGGUGUGAUGACCCACCUCGCUAAACACCGAUCUCAGUAUACUAAGAGACCGACACUGAUUGCCAUCAUUUUUCCUUCUUUAAAUUCAAGAACUACUUCAUAGCAGAGUUAAUUUAGGGUGUGCAAGGCAUAACCCAGGAUAUCCCCUUAAAACGCGCCACCUAUGGAGGGUGCAACAUCAUAAAGAACGAUUUAGUAUUACAUGGGUAACGAAUAAAAAAAAGAUGUAUUUUCAAAA